GGCGGCGGAGGUGUCGGUGUUGAGGCUUCAGGAGCGGGGCGUCCCACCGCGGGCUCCAUAAAAGGCGCAUGGAGGCGGCGGGGCGGCCGUAAGGGGGAUCAUGCGCCGCUUCACCUGCCUGCUGCUGCCGCUGCUGCUGCUGCUGAGCGCCGCGCGCCCCGCGCCCGCUGACCUUUCCGUUACCGGUCAGCCCGCGGAGCACGAGGACGGCGGCGGCGGCGCGAGUCACCACCACGGAGGGGGCUAUAAGAUCGUGCAGUGGGAAUGGAGCUACGUGCAGACCCCCUACACCAUCGCUACCUGGCUGCUGGUGGCCAGCGUGGCCAAAAUCUUGUUCCACUUCUCCCAGCGCUUCACCACGGUGGUUCCAGAGAGCUGUGUGCUGAUCAUACUGGGCCUGGUCCUGGGUGGUAUAGUCCUCAUCGCCAACAAGAAGCAGCUCUACCAGCUCGACCCAGGCCUCUUCUUCCUCUUCCUGCUGCCCACUAUAGUAGGAGAUGCUGGGUACUUCAUGCCCGCGCGCCUUUUCUUUGACAAUCUGGGAGCUAUAUUGAUGUACGCAGUGGUGGGGACUCUGUGGAACGCCUUCUGUACAGGAUUCUGCCUUUAUGGAGCUAAAAUGGCGGGAGUCAUUGAUGACAAUGUAGAAGCAGGUCUGAUGGAGUUCCUGCUGUUUGGGGCUCUGAUCUCAGCAGUGGAUCCCGUGGCGGUGCUCGCAGUGUUUGAGGAAGUCCACGUUAACGAGAUGCUCUUCAUCAUCGUCUUCGGCGAGUCCCUCCUGAAUGACGCAGUCACUGUGGUGCUGUAUAAAGUUUAUAUCUCCUUUGUGGAGGUGGGACCAGGAAACGUCCUAACAGCAGACUAUUUUAAAGGAGUAGCCUCCUUCCUCAUCGUCAGUAUCGGUGGGACACUGGUGGGGCUGAUCUUUGCUGUUAUCCUGGCUUUCAUCACACGUUUCACCAAGAAGGUGCGGAUCAUCGAGCCGCUCUUCGUCUUUCUGCUGGUGUACCUGGCUUACCUGACCGCUGAGCUCUUCUCACUCUCUGCCAUCCUCUCGAUGACCUUCUGUGGCAUUGGCUGCAACAAGUAUGUGGAGGCCAACAUAUCCCAGAAGUCCCGCACUACAGUGAAGUACACGAUGAAGACUCUGGCCAGCAUCGCUGAGACAAUCAUCUUCAUUUUUCUUGGCAUCUCUGCUGUAGAUAAGUCCAAAUGGGCCUGGGAUACUGGCCUCGUCUCGUGCACUCUCAUCUUCAUCUUCGUCUUCAGAGCCAUGGGUGUAGUCGGGCAGACCUGGAUUCUGAAUAAGUUCAGAUUGAUUCCACUGGAAAAGAUUGACCAGGUGGUGAUGUCGUACGGUGGCCUGCGAGGGGCUGUAGCGUUUGCUCUGGUGGUCCUGCUGGAUGGGGAGCAGGUGAAGGCGAAGGAUUACUUUGUGGCCACAACUAUAGUUGUGGUUUUCUUCACAGUCAUGUUUCAGGGCCUGACCAUCAAGCCUCUGGUGAAAUGGCUGAAGGUUCCUCGCAGCACUAACAGAAAACCUACCAUUAAUGAGGAGAUCCACGAGCGGGCUUUUGACCACAUUCUGGCUGCAGUUGAAGACAUUGCUGGUCUGAGUGGAUAUCAUCACUGGAGAGACAAGUGGGAGCAAUUUGACAAGAACUAUCUGAGUAAGCUGCUGAUGCGGAAGUCUGUGUAUUGUAAGAGUGAAUUGUGGGAGGCCUACCAGAAAAUCAACAUCAGAGAUGCCAUCAGUGUUAUUGAUCAGGGUGGUAACAUUUUGACCUCUGCUAGACUGUCGCUUCCUUCUAUGGCCAGCAGGACGUCCUUCCCUGAGGUUACCAACGUUACCAAUUAUCUGAGGGAGAAUGGCAGUGGGGUGUGUCUGGACCUUCAGGUGAUUGACACAAACCCUGGUGCGAAGGUGGAGGAGGAGACUGAGACACAUCAUUUCCUGGCUGGAAACCUGUACAAACCCAGGAGACGGUACCAGUCACCCUACAGUCGACAUUUUAUGACAUUGGGGGAUCAGGAGAGACAAGAUAGGGAGGUGUUCCAGAGGAACAUGCGAAAUCGCCUGGAGUCCUUCAAAUCCACCCACUACAAACGACACAAGAAGGACCGCAGCCAGAAAAAGCGCAAAGGCUCAGAUGCAAAAGAGCAAGAAGCCAACGACAAACCCAGGAGGAACGUCAGCUGGCAAGACAAAGACCCCGUGAUGGCACCACUGGAUUCUCCAGAGGAUAAGGGAGAGCUCUCAGAGCCAGAGAAAGAUGAGGAUGUUGGGAUCACAUUUGUGGCGCGAAAAGCUGCAGAAACACCAAAGGAGCGACCCAAAUCUGUUCCUGCCGCUUUGGAGGUGUGUCAAAGCCCAUCUGUCGCCCCUCCCUCUCCCACAUGUGGAGAGAAGAACCUGCCGUGGAAGGAAGGCAUUGGUGCGCUUCCUCCAUGUGUGUCUGUAGAGGCCACUAAGAUCAUCCCCAUAGACCUGCAGCAGGCCUGGAACCAGAGCAUCUCCUCUCUGGAGAGCCUGGCCUCCCCUCCUGUCCCUCAGGAGCCACAGCACCCGCGGGUCAGUGCCCUCCACAGGUUGAGCGUACCCCCGCGGCCCCCGGUGCCUCCUCCUCCUAGCAGGGCUAAGUUCCAGUUCCCUGCAUGGAAAGAUGAGGAGGAGGAGGGCACCCUCUCUCAGCAGCACCGAGAAAUGCAGCCUCUUAUGCCAUCCCUGAGGCCACCGCCCCCUCCUCCACCACCCUCCAGUGCUCAGUCGUCCGGGAAGAGAAGGAACCCGUGUGUCUACUUGCGGAGUCUGGUGACGACGCCACCUUCAGGCAGCAUGCCGCAUAGCAGAGGACCAACACAGCUGUAGAAGUCUUUCUUUCUCCACAGUCGUUCCUUUCUUCUUUUAUUUCUCUACUAUUCUCUUUCAGGGCCUCCACAGCACCUCCAUGCAGGCAUAUAUGAUCGCCUCUGGAGUCCUUGCUUGAUUUAUUCUUUUAUUUUUACACCACCUUAAAAAAAUACUUAAAUAUUUUUUUAAAAGUCUGCAUCGGUCUCUCUACAGGUUGUAUCUUAAGAAGUUAGAACUUGCUGACUGGCAGCAGCUGUGGUUUCAGAGGACAGGACAGGGCAGUUCCUCUUACAUGUGAAAACCAUUCCAUUUUCCAUAUGUUUUUCUUUCUCUCUUCUAUUGUAUGUAAUACAGUAAACGCACAUAAAGAUUUUAGCACUUCUGGAAUGCAGUGCUGUGGAAAAGUGUUUCCUCUUUCUUAAUAUCUCCUGUUUCUGCAUAUUCGUCACAUUUAAUAUUUUCAUAUUUUCAUAUAAUUAAUUUCUCAUUAAUGAGAAAACAUACAGUGAUCAAAGCUUUUAAAUUAACAUCCUAUUUAUUAAUGAUAAAGAAAAAAAAAGUAACCCACCCCCAAAAUAAAAUAAUUUAUUGUUCUACUCAUCGCAGGAACAACUGCAAACUUUAAAUAUUUACAAUAACUUAAUGUGUAAUGUGUUUUUUACAUCGUUGUGGAAUACAUUUGUCCCACUUCUCUUCUUAAAAUUGUUCUAAUUUGGUUAAAUUGGAGAGUUUGUGCAUAAACAAGCAACACUAUGUACAUUUUUUUACCUUAAAAUAGCCACUUUAAAAUUAUUAUGAUGUUCCAGUGACUUGUUAAAGGGAGAUAAUGUCUCUAUGGUUGCUACUUUAGGUACUGUACACUGCUAAGCUGUGAAAACUGUGUGUAAAAGUUGUAUUUUUGUAAAAUCAAGUAAUAUUACUCUACCACUGUUUUACUUGAAGAUGCCAGUUCUGUUUCUCUCCUCUUGUCUUGCCUCUUAAUGUGUUUGAGAACAUCAGUUGUAAAGUUGUGAAGAGGUAGAGUUGGUAUACAAUAAAUAGCCCUAUAUAAGUAACGUUCAAAUCCAUAUUAUGAGAAGCAAAAUCUACUCAACUAAGUAAAGAAAAAAUACUGUAAGAAAAUAAUGUCAGUCAAUCCAAAACAUUUCAAGAACCUUGAAAGUAUUUUCAAGUGCGGUCACCACAAGACCAUCAAAAUCAUUAUACUGAUGAAACUGGCUCUCAUCAGGACCGGAUAUCCAGGACAGGAUAUGAUCAAGAGUAUUUUGGGGUUUGUUUAACACUUUUAAGUUUCUACGUGAUUUCUUAUAUGUUCCACUUCCUUCAUAGUCAGCAUGACUUCAUUAUUGAAAAUUAAAAUGAAUAAAAAAGCUGAAUGAGAAGGUGUGUACAAAUGUUUGUCUGGAACUAUAUAUAUAUAUAUAUAAUCUUAUAUAUAAUAAGACAUUUAGAUGAUCUGAAACAUUUAAAUGUGACAAAUAUGCAAAAGUAUAAGAAACUGUAAGAAACUGGAAAGGGGACGUUUCCACAAUACUAUAUAUCAGUCUAAACCACAUUACUAGGGUCCUGUGGGUGUGUCUGUUAAAUAAGGCCUUUAUUUAACAGUUUACCCACUCUCUAAAUCUGAUCAAAAAGGAAAAACCUGGCAGAAUGUCUGAUUGCUAAAUGGCCGGUGUUUAACUGCUUAACUUUUAUUCCUCGACUCUGCCCGUCCAUCCAAAAGUGAAACAAAGGCGAGAGACUGAGGGGCAUUCAGUCAGGCCAAGCCUCCAUGUUAGAGUCCAAAUUCCAUUUUCUGAAGGAGCCUUGGCUGAAAAGGCAGCCCUUUCUCUCUCUCUGUUCUGAACUGAGACCGAAAGGAACCAGCACUCCACGUGACCCUUCUCCAAGUCCCUGCUGUCUCAUUUAAUAACCGGCACAGUGCCAGCCUACUCAAUAACACUAUCCUCACUACACUUAAAAGCUCUGGAUAUAUAACAUAUUUAGAUGUACUGCACAGUCCUAGGCGCCGACGCCGCCAUAGAUAUGCACCAUGAAGCCAGCAUGAUCUCUUUAACACAUGAGUAGUUAUGAGCUGACAGACAAAUGAUAAUGAUAGUCAUUGGGGGGUGGAGGUGGUGGGGGGGCAAUAUCUGUGCUUUUAAUCAGGGAGGAUCUAGUUUCCCCGUGAAGAGACCUCAAUAUAGCACUUUCUUUAAGCUCUGGUAAUUAUUUGCCUUUAACUUUUUCUUUAAAUUUAUGUUCUUUAUUUUCUUUAUCAAGGAAAUAUCCUUGAAAUAGUAUUUUUUCUGUUUAACUCUUGCUUUUAACUUAAACAUAGCUUUGUUCCAGUCUUUGAAUGUAGUUGACUGUGUCAUUUAAGGUUUAUUUAUUUUAAUUAUUGCUUUAAAGGGGAAUUUAAUUGUGUGCGACUGCUACUAAACCAACCAUCAAACUCAAAACAAAUUGCUCUGACUACCAAAGUGUAUAAGAGAAAACUAAAUGAAUGUCUAUACACAUGCUUCGUCUAUUGUUGCUUUAUGCCGUAAAGUCUGUGUUACUUUAUGUGUGUUUAUGAAUGAACGAGCCUCUUCACAACCCCCUUUAGACAUGCUGAUGUAAAUUAGUAUUAUGCAAAGCUUAUGAUUUGCACUUCAAGAUCAAAAGCCAUGUAAAACUUACAUUUUGAUGAUGUUCAAGCUGCUAACUUAUCAUUUCGCACUGUCUCUGUAUGUGUAUGUAUGUAUGUGUGUGUAUAGAAUAUGUUGUGCCUUUAGAAGGAGCCUGAACCAUCCUGUAAAUGAGGGGCCUUGUUGAUGUCAGUGUACAGGAGUCCAGUGUUGUGCUGUCUCACUAAAAGCAUGAUACAUUCGUCGGAUACAUUCUUAUCAUCGUUUGUUCCCUGGAAUAUUGAUUUUCUUUCUCUUUUUUUUAAUCACACUGCAGUAAGAGCAGAAUGUACAGCUCUUAUAGCACAUUUUUAUUGUACUUUCAUAACGGUCAGCUCUGUUACCCAUCAGGUGUUGUGAGGAAAUUAGACCAAGAGUCUCUGUGCCAAAUGUAAACUUCGGGUAGUGUUCAGAAGCAGAGUUAAUAAAUGAGGAGAAAGCUUUCUUAAAGUA